UAUACAGUAUACAUAUCAACACCAGCACCACUUUCUGUUAUCUUUUCCGACGCCGUCCAUAACUCCGGCUACUGAAUAAAGAGGAGCUACAAUAAUACCCAUACAACAUAACAUGUCAGAGAAUAAAACAGGGGAAACAGGGGAUAUAGAGAAGCAAAAACCAUUUGAUUUGAAUGAUUACAUAAUAAUCAAAGAAGGCGAAGCUGAGAUUUUGAUGCACAAUAAGAAUGAAGUCUUCUAUAAUAAAACCCAGGUUAACAAUAGGGAUAUGUCUAUUGCCGUGCUAAGGACAUUUAUAUCAAAACGUAAAAAAGAACAUGAAGCACUUUUGUCUAAACGAAUAAAGAAAGGGUUAAAGGUAUCGGAAGAUGGUGAUUCUGGAAUGGAUAUAGCGAAUGAUUCUUCCAAGCCUAAUGGAAAUUCUAAUGGUGAAUGUGAAGAGAUCCCACAGGAUGAGCAACGUGGUAACAGUGAAGAAGCCAAGAAAAUGCCAGAGGUUAAAGUCCGAGAAGAAUUGAAGCCACCUAGAGUGCUUGAGGCUCUGUCAGCUUCAGGGUUAAGAGCUUUAAGAUAUGCUCGUGAAGUGGAAGGGAUCGGACAAGUUGUGGCGUUAGACAAUGAUGAAGCAUCUGUGGAAGCUUGCAGGAGAAACAUUAAAUUCAAUGGCUCAGUUGCCAGUGCAAAGGUGGAAUCAAACCUUGUCGAUGCUCGAGUAUAUAUGCUUACUCAUCCAAAAGAAUUUGAUAUGGUUGAUCUGGAUCCUUACGGUUCACCAUCUGUGUUCUUGGACUCUGCAAUUCAGUCAGUUGUUGAUGGAGGGAUGCUGAUGUGUACAGCAACAGACAUGGCAGUGCUAUGUGGAGGCAAUGGAGAAGUCUGCUAUUCUAAGUAUGGUUCCUACCCACUGAGGGCAAAAUAUUGCCAUGAGAUGGCUUUGCGGAUCCUUCUUGCAUGCAUUGAGAGUCAUGCAAAUCGAUACAAGCGAUACAUAGUCCCAGUGCUAUCUGUUCAGAUGGACUUUUAUGUCCGGGUGUUUGUUCGCGUAUAUACGUCAGCAGGUGCAAUGAAGAAUACCCCACUGAAGCUUUCGUAUGUCUAUCAGUGUAUUGGUUGUGAUUCAUUUCAUCUCCAACCACUUGCGAGAACUGUUUCCAAGAAUACCAGUGUGAGAUAUCUCCCGGGGUUUGGUCCUGCUGUGGCCCAAGAGUGCAGUGACUGUGGUAAGAAAUAUAACAUGGGAGGCCCCAUAUGGUCAGCUCCUAUUCAUGACCAAGAGUGGGUGACAUCCAUUUUAGCAGACGUGAAAUCUAUGAAGGCACGAUAUCCUGCUUUUGAUCGAAUAUCUGCUGUCCUGACAACAAUCUCAGAGGAAUUACCAGAUGUUCCCCUUUUUCUGAGUCUGCACAAUCUUUGUGCAACCCUCAAGUGCACUUCCCCAUCUGCAGUAGUAUUUAGGUCCGCUGUUAUCAAUGCUGGAUUUCGUAUCUCUGGAACUCAUGUGAACCCAUUAGGGUUGAAAUCUGAUGCUCCUAUGGAUGUUAUAUGGGAUAUCAUGCGUUGUUGGGUUAAAAAUCAUCCCGUGAAAGCCCAACCACCAGAGCAUUCUGGAAGUGUAAUCUUAGCCAAGGAACCUGUUCUUCAGGCCAAUUUUGCUCGAGCGGUUGCAUCACUUAGCAAGGCUCAAGCAAAGAAAGUUGCACGUUUUCUUCCGAAUCCCGAAAGUCAUUGGGGACCAAAGCUACGGGCUGGACGUACCAUCACCAGUAAACAUGCAUCUCUUCUGGGCCCAGAAAAAGUCAACGGAAUUCUUAACGAUAAUGAAGAACAAGGUGAAGAGCCUGAAGCCAAGCGUAAGAAGACACAAGAUUCUACUUCCAUUUUAUGAUAAAGACUAAAACUGGAAGCUUUUUAUUCCCCUCUCUUCUGAUAUUCUGCAUUUCUGUGCAGAGAGUGAAUCCAAGUUGUAAUCUCAGCGAUGAACUACCCUAGUCGAAUAGUUUUGGGAAAAUAGAUAGAAAUUAGUUAAAAGGUAGUUCUGUUCUGUAUGAAGUUUGGAAGUCUUCAAGUUGCAGAGUGAAGUCUGGUUUUUCCUGUCAUUUUAAUCCUACUUGUAUCUGUAGUUUCUUUUAUUACUCACAAAUCCAGUGUAUCAUUUGAAAUGAACUUAUGUAAUUAGCUAUAUCAUUUUUCCAGCAGCAGAGAUAAGAGACCUUAUAGUUGGUUCCAUCAA